AUGGUUUCUCAUUCUUCCUCUCUUCCUCUUUCUCAACGAGCGCAGACUGUGUUUGUGACGACGGCUUUAGACCAAGGGCCAGGCCGCUGGGUGGUGCUGUCGCGGUCUCAUCUUGAGCAUUUGUUUGAGAACGACCAAAGCGACAAGAGGCGAUCCUCGAAGAAGCUGAGAGCCAUGGCUCGUGGGCAGCAGAAGAUUCAGUCCCAGCAGAAAAACGCCAAAAAAGCAGCGGACAAGAAGAAGGGUCAAGCAGCCGACCAGAAGACGGCGGCCAAAGCGGCGCUGGUGCACACCUGCCCGGUCUGCCGCACCCAGAUGCCAGACCCCAAGACGCAUAAAGACUCUGUGGAAACUGAAGCUCGACCACAAUCUGAAGAGAUGACCCUGACCUUGACCAGCGGCGCCCCCUGUAGGCGGCAGAGGGAGCUGCGCCACAGUUGUGCGUGUGCCGUGUGA